UUGCUGUCCCUCAGGAAAAGUAAUCGAGCGCUGUUCAGUCGAGCAUCCUCUUAGCAAACAAGGGGAUAGGAAGAUGGCAUCCAACGACCAGCCUGAUCCACCGACACAGCCUGGACCUGGAGAUGAUCCGGUUGCUCCCCCCAGAGAAGCACUGAUUACCACUGCUGUAAAAUUUCUCCAGAACCCAAAAGUGCGUCAGAGUCCCUUGGCCACCAGAAAAGCCUUCUUGAAGAAAAAAGGGCUGACGGACGACGAGGUAGAAUUGGCCAUCCAGCGCUCUGGCAGCACAGAAGAAGUCCUGCCUCUGAGCCCUGUGGGGCCUCCACAUCCACUCCAUGCAACUCAGCUGGUUCCUGCACCACACAGUCCAACAGGCUACAGAUGGAGAGACUAUGGUGCCCUCACCAUCAUUAUGGUGGGCAUCGCCUUUGGUUUUCAUCAACUGUACAAAAAAUACAUCCUUCCCCUCAUUAUGGGCAGCCGAGAGGACAAGAAGCAUCUGCAGAGGAUGGAGAGCAACAUUGCGGCAAUGAGUGGCACGCUGACACAGACAGUCAGCCAGCUGCAGCAAACCUUGGUCUCCGUCCAGGAGCUCCUGAUCCAGCAGCAGCAGAGGAUCCAGGAGCUCUCUCAGGAACUGGCUACAGCAGAGGCUUCGUCUUCAACCAGCCGCAUCCUGGACAACCAAACAGUGGGAGAGCUGAAGGCCGAGAUCGUCUCUUUGAAGGGCUUACUGCUCAGCAGGAAGCAAUUCCCCUCCACUCCCACCAUUCCUAAGAUCCCCUCGUGGCAGAUUCCCCUGAAGCCGCCAUCGGUACCCGGCUCGCCGUCCAUCAACAGCAGCAGCGACAUCUCUCCUGUCAGUAACGAGUCAGUCAACUCCUCCCCCGUUAAAGACGGACACCACAGCCCCCAGGAUGCUCUGGGGGGGCCCGAUGGGGCUCACGGUAUCAACGGCGAUGCCAGCCCUUUGGACCUCGUCACAACGCUGCCCCUGAAGGAUCAGGUCCGCAUGGAGGUGCAGGGGGAGGAGGAGAAAAAGGAGGAAGAGGAGGAUGAUGUCAACCAUGAAGAGGAGGAGGAGGAGGAGGAGGAUGGGCUAAGCAUGCAGACAGAAGACCGGCGAGGUGGGGAUGGACAGAUUAACGAACAGGUGGACAAACUGAGGCGGCCCGAGGGUGCCAGCAAUGAGAGCGAGGUGGAUUAGACGACAAUAGACAGCACAAAAACACUCUCCAAACACAGCUUCUCAUCUCUGCUGACGGCUUUGUUUCAUUCUGCUCCUCUCUGCUCGCUCUCACUCUGUUUGUUAUGUUUUUGAAAUCCGUCCUCACUGUCUCUUUCCACUUGUUUCUGUAACAUGUUAAUCUUGAGUGAAAUGAGGAGUAGGCGUGGGUGUGAGAAGACGCAAAACUGACAGAUAUUGGAGUGUGUAGUUGACACACUGCUUACCUCGAUCCACUAGUCAUCAUGCAAAGUAAAUGACAGCGUGGCAAGCCAAGCACCAUGCCAUGACGUUUCUUUGAAAGGAGAAGUGACGUGCAGCAGUCAAAUCAGAAUGACUUUAAAAGGCUUUCUGCAGUACUAACCGUAUGUGACUUACUGCUUUUAAUUUUCAUGAUUUGAUCAGAUAAUUCACAGCUUUGCCUUGGUGCCCUUGUAACUUGUAACUGUACUAAAGCUCUUACGCAGACCAAAGAGGCAGUGCUGCACACACACACACACACACACUAUCUCUCCUGUAUAGUGCAGCUGUAGGUCAGGAGUCAUAUGUUGCUGCUUCAGUCUCAAAGUUACUGUGAGCUUCCAGAGAAGCAUUAGCAGAGUUUGUCCCCCUGUUGAUGGCAAUAGGAGAGGACAAGCUCUUCCAGGGCCGGAGCUUUUAGCCUCUUUUAUGUGUCCUUUCGCAUUGGUGUCAGUCUGUCAAUAAUUCACAAGGCCAGCAGGGUGGCAUUUGGGUGAAAUAAAAGCCCUGAAAUUCGAGAUUAGAAUGUGAUGACGGGUUUUGUUCCGCACCGGUGUCAGAGUGCUCAUAUGCUCAAAGGAGGGGGAAGAUAAAUGUUUUUACCCCCUUUUUCACUGAGGGCUGAAUUGUGCAUCUUUUUUUUUUUUUUUUGGGAGUGUGUUUGUGCGUGGCAGGCAAGGAAAAAACCCAGGCUGUCUGCUGAGCUGUAUCUGUGUCUCCAGCAGGGCAGCUGAUUUGGUUUGUGAAGUAUGUUAAUAAUCAAAUGAUCAACAAAUAACAGAUGUAUUAGUUCAUGCAGCUUGAAAUGUCAAGGAGGCUAAAAGCGGAAAUCUAAUACAGAAAGCCCAGUUGCAUUGUAUUAUUUUCCGUGACAAACCCUCCGGUCCAAAUUAUGUAGGGCCUCCUAGAGUGAGUAAUCUUUACAGAAAACGGCGCCAAUAUUUUGUAAUUAAGCUGCAGUAAGACGACGAGGGCUGCCACAGAUGGAAGUUGCAGAACUCGUAUCGCUUUCUUUUUUCUCUCUUCUCAGUGUGGAGGUGGAUUGGGGGAAGUUAAGAAAAAAAAUUGCCCCAUGAUUGAAAAGGAAAGUAAUAAAUGAAUACCUGACUUAUUGAAUUACUCACUCUGUCUCCAGCUAACAAGAAGAGUCCAUGAGUGAGAAGAAGGGAUAUCAGCUGUCGUGCCAUUUCCACCUCCAUCACACGGCCUUCAUUAGGAACACAGAGAAGGUAGAGGCAUUUCUGUGUGACGCCCGGUCCUAACCUGCAGAUAAUGUUUAGCUCUUUGAGUUUGUGUUAAAAAGUGUUGAAUGAUGAGACAAUAACAUUGCAGAAUGCUGUAAAAUAUGUAUUUUUUUGAUUGGUUGGAAAUGACUUUGUAUGGAUGAAUGAGAUUGUUCAGCACAGAAUCAAGAGGUGUAACUUCUGCUUCGUCGCCACUGUAGUGUCAGUGAUUGGUCCGCUCUGUAACCUGCUGAUUACUGUCCAAAAGUGUACAUAAGUGUAAUAAAUUUGGUUUAUCUCAAGUAAAA